AUGGACGGCCCCGGCGCGGCGGCGGGCGCGGGGCCCAGUAACGUGCCCGCCUUCCUCACCAAGCUCUGGACUCUCGUGGAGGAUCCCGACACCGACGCCUUGAUCUGCUGGAGCCCGAGCGGGAGCAGCUUCCACGUGUUUGACCAGGGCCAGUUUUCCAAGGAAGUUCUUCCCAAAUAUUUCAAACACAACAACAUGGCCAGCUUUGUCAGGCAGCUCAACAUGUGGCUGAAGGUUGAGGAGCUGCAGGUGUCAGGGCUGAAGGGCGAGGAGGUGCGGGUGUCAGGGCUGAAGGGCGAGGAGGUGCGGGUGCGGCAGGACAGCGUGGCGCGGCUCCUGGCAGACAUGCAGGCCAUGAGGGGCAAGCAGGACAGCCUGGACUCGAGGCUGCUGGCCAUGAAACAAGGAUUCCUGGAUUUGGGAUUCCUGGAUUUGGGGAUUCCUGGAGUUGGGAUUUCCUGGCUGAUCCAGUUCCUGAUUUCCCUGGUGCAAUCCAACCGGAUCCUCGGCGUCAAGAGGAAAAUGGCCCCUCCCCGGCCUUUGGGGGUCCCGCUCUGUUCCCGGCGGAUCCCGGCGCCAAUUCCGGCCCCAUCAUCGCUGACGUCACCGAGCUGCCCCCGUCCAGCCCCGAGGCCUCGCCCGGCGGCAGCCUGGACGGGCCCCUCCCCGGCCUUUGGGGGUCCCGCUCUGUUCCCGGCGGAUCCCGGCGCCAAUUCCGGCCCCAUCAUCGCUGACGUCACCGAGCUGCCCCCGUCCAGCCCCGAGGCCUCGCCCGGCGGCAGCCUGGACGGCAGGAGCAGCCCGGGGAUCCGGAUCAAGGAGGAGCCUCCCAGCCCCACGCGGAGCCCGCCCGCGGAGGAGCCCAAAAACCCCGGGAAUUCUUCCGGGAAUUCCGGGAAUUCCGGGAAUGCCGAGACCCCCCUGUCCCCGUCCACCUUCAUCGACUCCAUCCUGCGGGAAAACGACUCCGGAGCCGCUCCCGGGAAUCCCCAAUCCCAGGAAAAGUGCCUGAGCGUCGCCUGCCUCGACAAGACGGAGCUGAACGAGCACCUGGACACGAUCGACUCGAGCCUGGACAAUCUGCAGGCGAUGCUGAGCACGCACGGCUUCAGCAUGGACAGCGCCCUGCUCGACCUCUUCAGCCCCUCCAUGGCGGUGCCGGACGUGACCCUGCCGGACCUGGACAGCAGCCUGGCCAGCGUGAGCUCGGAAUUCCGGGAAUUCCGGGAAUUCUGGGAAUUCCAGGGGGUGCAGGGGGGGAAGCAGCUGGUGCCCUGCACGCUCCAGCCCCUGUUCCUGGUGGAUUCCAGCGCCGUUGACGUCACAUCCGGGGACCUUCCCAUCUUCUUCGAGCUGGGGGAGGGGCCGUGUUUCCCGGACGGGGACGAGUAUCCCGAGGAAUAUCCCGAGGAAUA